CGGCUGCGCAUGUGAGGCGGGACUUCCGGCGGCGUCCUCGAGGUGUUGGGCGUCUUGGCGUUCUCGGCCAGUUUGGCUGGCGUAGGGUCUGGGGAUGUCCGGGUUGGUUGGACGCGGAUGGGAAGUUUCAGAAGAGGCGUCGUCCCCGCCCGGGCGCCCGCCGCUCCCUGCCCCGCUCUUCCCACCGGUCGGAGGCGGAGGCCGCGCCGGUGAAGCCGGCUGAGGUUGCAUGGAGCCCAGGAUGAGGAGGCCCCUUCAGAGCAAGAUGUUUCUGUAGGAGGGUCACAGGUCAGGACCCCAAAGCCAGGCGCAUCCAUCCAGAAGUCCCAGCCCUGUGAGACGUGUAGCUUGCUCUUGAAAGACCUUUUGCACUUGGCUGAGCAUGAUGGAACACACCCUGAGCGAGGCUUGCACACUUGUGGGGGAAAGCAUUUCCAGCACCAAAAGCAUCAAAUUAGAGAGAAACUUUUCAGAAGUGAUGAGGGGAGGCCUUCAUUUGGACCACUGUUUAUAUGGCAGAGAAGACCUUGGUGUGGAGGGAGGGUGGAGAGGACUUCACAGUCUUUCUCCCCAUCCCCCACCCUCCCACCCCGCCCAGCCACUUUCCGUGGGUUGAAGCCACACAGGGACACCGAGUGGAGAAGCUUUUGAAAGUGGACCAAACGGUUCACAGACUACGUUCCAUGGAAAUCUGGGUGUGACCCCAGAAGCUGGAGCCCCGCCCCUUCCUCAAAGCCUGCAGCCAUCCCCGCCCAGCGCCUUUCUUGGUGUGGCUGGGCAGUUCCUGAGGUCAGGAAUGGAGACCGUCGUGGACCCUCUGGCUCCCUCAGAACUACAUUACCCGGAAGGCAGUGCGCCGCGCGUCCGCUGUACUGGGCGAAUGAGGGCUCAGGAGAGGCACUUCCGUCCCAAGGACGGCAUCUGGGCGGGCCUUCCGGCGUUGGCCUCCAGCGACAUCUUGUGAAGUUGGUUCCCUCCCGCGGUCGGAAGCUUUGGCUUGCUGGGCCUGCCUGAGGUAGCGGGAGGAGAGACCCGCUGCGCCGGCUGCUCCGAGAUUCGACAUCGCUGCCGCCGGGGCUGAAGACUGCGGUGCCGCGCUCGUCCCCGCAGCUGCCGUGGUGAUACCAGUUCAGGUUCUGCUUUCAGCAGAAGCACUUAUGGACCCUGCACCGGGUUCUGUGACCUUUGAGGAAGUGGCUGUGUACUUCUCCCAGGAGGAAUGGAGGCUUCUUAACGAGGCUCAGAGACAACUGUACCGUGAUGUGAUGCUGGAGGUCUUUGCACUUGUUGCGUCGCUGGGUUGUGGGCGUGGAACAGAGGAUGAGGCAGCACCUUCUGAGCAGAACGUUUCUGUAGGACGGUCACAGAUAAAUUCUACCAAGAAGGCCUACACCCAGGAACGUGGCCUGGACUCAGAAGGUGAUUUGCAUUCACCUUCUGAGUGCCUGGGAACAAACCCUGGCCAGAAACUGUGUGGGACACAGGGGAACGUUCACCAGCAUCAGAAGGAGCACAGUGGAGACAAACCCCUCAGAAGGAACGCAAAGAGCUGUGUAACACACACAUCAAGGAAGCCCUUCCCUGAGAGCUCAGGUCUUCUCCAGCACCAGCUCAUUCACAGCCAGGGGCCACCACCUAAGGACACCAGCUGUGCAGAGCCUUUUCGCAAUGGACAAAAGCACUAUAAGUGCAGCGAAUGCGGGAAAGCCUUCUGUCGCAAAUACAGACUUGCUCAGCAUCAGAGAGUCCACACUGGAGAAAGGCCUUAUGAGUGCAAUGAGUGUGGGAAAACCUUCAGCUACAAACACAUACUUGUUCAGCACCGGAGAGUCCAUACCGGAGAGAGGCCUUAUGAAUGCAGCGAGUGCAGAAAAGCCUUCAGUAACAAACCCACGCUUGUUCGGCACCAGCGAAUUCACACUGGAGAAAGGCCUUAUGAGUGCAGCCACUGUGGGAAAUUCUUUAGCCAAAGCUCCAGCCUUAGUGAACAUCAGAGAAUUCACACUGGGGCACGGCCUUAUAAAUGUAGUGAGUGUGGAAAAUUCUUCACCUCCAACUCCAACCUAAUUAAACACCGGAGAGUGCACACAGGAACAAGGCCUUAUGAAUGCAGUGAAUGUGGGAAAUUCUUUAACCAAAGCCCCAGCCUCAUUAAACACCAGAGAAUUCACACUGGUGAAAAGCCUUAUGAAUGCAGUGAAUGUGGGAAACUCUUUAGCCAAAGCUCCACCCUCAUCAAGCACCAGAGAGUUCACACUGGAGUAAGGCCUUAUAAGUGCAAUGAAUGUGGGAAACUUUUUAGCCAAAGCUUUGGCCUCACUCAACACCAGAGAGUUCAUACUGGAGAAAAACCCUAUGAGUGCAGUGAAUGUGGAGAAUUCUUUAGCCAGAGCACACAACUUACUCAGCACCGAAAAGUUCACACCACAGAAAGCCCUCAUGAGUGCAGCAACUGCGACAAAGUCUUCAGCCAAAGGUCUGCUCUGAUUGACCACCAGAAACUUCACAGCCCAGCUAGACCUUACAAGUGCACUGAAUGUGGGAAAGCCUUCAGCCGCAGGUCUAACCUCAUUCGACACCAGAAAGUGCACACCGGAGAAAGGCCUUACAGUGGAGGUGGAGAUAGCAGGGAAUGAGCCAGGUGUUGAACACAGGAACAUACCACAGAAGCCUAACACCCCCACAUGUCUGAAUACGCAGGUUGUAGGGAGCGAUGUUCUUUCUAACCUGUCCAGGGCCCUUGCCACAUUUGUCACUGCAAGUUUCUCGGUGUCCCAACUUUGUAUGCGUCAGUGGGGAUAGAUCGUAUCAUGGCACAGGCUAGCGGUCACUCUGGUUUUGGCCUAAUUUACAUUGCAGCCCCAAAGCCUCAUAGGAUAGACUACAGGGCAGUGCUUUUUAUGUGACUAAUCUUAUAAUCCAGAUGUUGGGGUUUUCUGUGGGUCUAGAGGUCUCCCUGAGAGGACAGCUGUAAGAAUCCUGUGUUUUUUGAUUCAGCUUCUCUUUUUCACCUUGGAGGUUCACAUAAGGUCCCCAGGUCCCAAGAGAGAGGUUUGGAAGGCUGGUCUCCCUGACUCCAGGCGUCCGGUAGGAACCACAUUCAGUACAAAAACACUGGGGGCAGUAGGCAGUGACGAAAAAAACCGGCAAACUGGAGGGACUGUGGCUUACAGUAAAGGUUCUUGCAGAAAUUCUGAGGCCCUUUAGAGCUUAACUGCUCCUCUUGCCCUCCAGUUAAAGAAAGGUGGGCGAAGGGAGAGUUGAAAACAGAACUAAGAAGUCCAGACCUCCGAAGGCAGUAGUAGGUAUGUGGUUUUUAUGACCAACGGAGACUUGGCUUCCCCAUUUCCUUGAACCUAUGCAGGUGAGUUCCAGUGGAAUUGCUUGCCAGCUAGUACACACAGCAGAGCUCCCACUAUGAAACCUAGGGUCGCCAAAUUCCUACUUUUUCCAAAGAGAGGUGCAGAUCUUUAUGUGAAACCAUUUCUGCUUGGCAUGCAAUAUACUUAAAAUGUACUUUGUAAGGUCACACUUCAGAAUGGGUGUGCACAAAACAAAAAUGCAGCAGCUGGUACACUAAUAAAUUUUAACCAUAAUUAUUUUCAUCUUUUAACUCUGGCCACCCAGGCAAAUACUAUUUUGUGUUCUCUAAAAUUUUACAUCAUUGGAAUCUUAAAGUGGGUACUACUCUUAAAAAGUUGGCUUAAGGGUAUGUAAGUGCAUAAUUAAUACUCUGACAGCAUUGAGUAGUGCGAUUUUUUUUAAUUGCCAAUAUGAUACACUUAUUUGUUCAUCCAUUCACCUAACAAAUGGGUUUUCUGCAGCUUACUGUGAACAUACAAAUCCUCUCAAAAUGGGUUUUGAUACAGCUAGCCGUGCAAUGCCUGAGUCUCUAAAGGGCUGGUGGUUACUCUGGUUCUUCUGUCAUCCUCGCCACUUGAAACAUGGUCACCUUUGUUCCAGUCUUUGUCAUUAGUGGCUUUAAAAGGUGUGUAGUGGUGGGGCGCCUGGGUGGCUUAGUCGUUAAGCGUCUGCCUUCGGCUCAGGUCAUGAUCCCAGGGUCCUGGGAUCGAGCCCCAUGUCGGGUUCUCCACUCUGCAGGAAGCCUGCUUCUCCCUCUCCCACUCCCCCUGCUUGUGUUCCCUCUCUUGCUGUGUCU